AUGGAAUUCGUGUUUGAUAAGGUGCGACAUACAAUAGCCGACAGCGACAAUAAAACUCAGUCCGUACUCCAUUCAGUUGGUAGAUUCAAGCAACCGAUGAGCAAUUACAAUAACAUAUUUUCUGAUGAAAUUCGUAGCCUCGAUGGAUCCCAUCUCGAAUUAGCAACAUUCUGCCUGGAUUUUCCGUUCCUGUACAAACCCAAGGUGGAGGUAAAAUUUGAAAUUGGAAACAAGACCAAGGAAGUGAAGUGCGUAGGCAUGGCUUUCGAUAUCCUCGAUAUCUUAGCUCAGAAGUUGAAUUUCACAUACUCUGCUCAAGAUUUCCCAGCUGAUGGAAACUGGGGCUCUCAAGUGGACGGGAGAUGGACUGGAAUGUUGGCGGAUUUGGCUUACAACAACAAGUCCCUCAUUAUUAACAACUUACUCCUCACGGAAGUUCGAUCAGACGAAUUUGAUGCUUCCUACCCCUACUUCGCCGAAGGUUUUAGUGUCAUGAUCAAGGUUCCGGACCCGUUGCCGAAGUGGCGAGGCCUCUUGUAUCCUUUUGCUAGGCUCGUCUGGCAACUGUUCCUGACAGCGACCUUCGUCGAGAGCGUCCUGUUGACUGUGGCUCUCUUCGUGAUGCACAACAACCGGGACUUCAUUAAUGGAUUUCUGCUGGUGCUGGGAGGCCUAACCAGGCAAAGUAUGACUUUGCGGCUGCGAGGUUUGUGGGAAUACGAAUUUUUGGGCGUGUGGUGGGCAGUGAGUUUCGUCAUCACUACGGCCUACACUGGCAACCUGGUGGCCUACCUCACCAUUACCGUCCCGCAGAGAAGGAUUGAAACCAUCGAUGAAUUAGCUGCUUCACCAAUAAUACCCAGCAUGGCAAACAUUGGCAACUUUGUCCCCGAGGCGCUCAAGAAUUCUGAGGAUAAAGCUCUGGCAAAGAUCGGUAAAAAGUUGCACAUCUUUCGGUUUGCCGACCGAGAUGACAUGUUCCUUAAUAAAGUGGCGGGCGGUUCGCAUGCAGUCAUCAACGGAGAGUCGUACAACAUGUUCGUCAGAGAUUCCUUCGGCUUAAAUUCCAAGACCUACAUGAUGAGAGAAGUGAUCUACCCGAGCUACGUGGCGUACUACCUGCCGCGGAACACAGUCUACACCAGCCUCCUGUCGGACAACAUGCAGCGACUGGUAGAGUCAGGGCUGUUGAAAGAGGCUUACAAGCAUCAUGUCAUCAAAGAAAAACGACAACUCGAGGACGAUGGGCAAGUUGCGCUAGGUCUGCAACAUCUCGCUGGUGCCUUCGUCCUGAUGCCCGUCGGCUACGCCUUGGCCGCCAUCUCUUUCGUCGCAGAAGUUUGGCUGCACUCGAGGACGACCGACCGCAAGCUCCUCUGA